UUCAUAAACAAGUAAAGAACCAUUAAUUUGGGAGCAAGUAAUACACAAUGUUACCGAUACUUCAAUUCCAAUUAUCUCUCGCCUACUCCUCCCCUGACUGUCGUCUUCGUGCACUGUUUCUGGUUUGCUAGUUUCGUGCUGGCGGGAGAGAAGGAAGAAGUAAAGGAGUAGAAGGAAUCAUCUCCUCUGCUUUCACCCUGGUUGAAGUUCUAGCAGCAAACAUGUCUAAAAGAUUAAGAAAUGCAUGGACUAUCCCCAAUGGAACCACUGCAGAUCAUGCCUUAACUGACGUUACCUUGUUCUCAUGUUCAAUGCCAAUCCUUCCACAUAAAAAAUUAAUCCCCAAUGACUCUGAGACUAGAGGCCAAUUGAUUGAUGAUAGCACACAUAGACUAAGUGGAUAUCAUGUAGAAGGGGGGAGUAGUAGUCUAUUCGAUGAUGAUGAUGAUGAUACAAGGAUGCUUGGGAACUUUCUUCCUGGGGAUGAAGAUGAGUUAUUAGCCGGCAUAACAUAUGAUUUCGAACAUAGGGGACUGCCUUCUAACCUGGAGGACUUAGAAGAUGAUCUUUUUGGCAGUGGAGGGGGGAUAGAGAUUGAAUUAGAUCGCCAUGAUAAUAACCUACUUAACGGUUUUGCAAAGUUAAGUAUUUCUGAAGGUAUUUCUGGAAGCAGCAUUGGAGCUUAUGGCCUUUCCAAUGGUUCUGGAGAACACCCCUAUGGAGAGCACCCUUCGAGGACUUUAUUUGUUCGUAAUAUUAACAGCAGUGUAGAGGACUCUGAAUUGAAAUGUCUGUUUGAGCAAUUUGGGGAUAUCAGAGCACUAUAUACAGCAUGUAAGCACAGGGGAUUUGUGAUGAUAUCUUACUAUGAUAUCCGAGCAGCUCGAAUUGCAUUGCGUGUCCUGCAAAAUAAGCCUCUAGGAAAAAGAAAACUUGAUAUUCAUUUCUCAAUCCCAAAGGAAAAUCCAUCAGAUAAAGACGUUAACCAAGGAACUCUUGUUGUGUUCAAUUUAGAUCCUUCAGUGUCCAAUGAUCACCUGCAACAGAUAUUUGGGGCUUAUGGGGAAGUCAAGGAGAUCCGGGAAACACCACAUAAACAACAUCAUAAAUUCAUUGAAUUCUAUGACGUUAGAGCUGCUGAAGCUGCUCUUAAGGCUUUAAACAAAAGUGACAUUGCUGGAAAACGGAUAAAGCUUGAGCUUAGCCGGCCUGGUGGAGCCCGCAAAAACUUGAUGCAACAAGGGACUCAAGAUCUGGAGCAUGAUGAUGUACGAUCAUUUGGGAAUCCAGUUGGAUCACCCAUAGCUAACUCUCCUCCAGGUAGCUGGCCCAAUUUUGGCAGUCCAGUUGAGCCCAAUCAAUUUCACAACUAUAGCACAUCUGCUUGUUUAACAAAUAUCAGCCCUAUAAAUAACAACAUAUCUGGCUUGACCUCAGUAUUUUCCUCCAGUACUUCAAACCCCAUGAAGAUUGCACCUAUUGGUAAAGAUCACGGAAAGAAACUCGGUUCAAGCUCUGUGCCUGUCUCAUUUGAUGACUCAAACCCAUCUGUUAUUGGGACACUUUCUGGUCCUCAGUUUCUCUGGGGAAGUCCUGUUGUUCAGUCAGAGAAAAAUGUUUCUUCUUCUAUAUGGUCAAAACCAUCAAUGGGGCGGCUAUGUACUUCCAAUGCUCAAGGACAAGGCUGCACAUAUUCCCAUCAAGAACAAGGCUAUCCAUAUUCCCAUCGACACAACUCGUUCCUUGGCUCUCACCAUCAUGUGGGGUCCGCUCCUUCAGGAAUUCCAUUGGAAAGGCAUUUUGAACUUUUCCCUGAAUCACCUGAAACAACAUGCUUAAGCCGAUCUUACAAUAAUGGAGGCUCUCUUGGUGGGACUUUUAUUCAAAGUGGUUCUCUUGGUAGGACUAUUAUUGAAAGUGGUUCUCCUUUUCAUAGAAUGAUUCCAUUACUAUCAAGAAAUGGUCCUAUGUUCUUUGGAAAUGGCUCUUAUGGAAGAGGACUGAAUAAUAGUGAGUUAAUUACUGAUUGCAGUCGAAGUAGAAGAGUUGAGAGUGGCGUCCAGACAGAAAUAAAAAAACAAUAUCAACUUGACUUGGAGAAAAUCGUGACUGGGGAAGAUAUGAGGACAACUUUGAUGAUAAAGAACAUCCCCAACAAGUACACUUCAAAGAUGUUACUUACAGCUAUUGAUGAGACCCAUAGAAAUACAUACGAUUUCCUAUAUUUGCCCAUUGAUUUCAAGAAUAAGUGCAAUGUUGGCUAUGCCUUCAUCAAUAUGGUUUCUCCUUCACAUAUCAUCUCUUUCUAUGAGGUAUUCAAUGGGAAAAGGUGGGAGAAGUUUAACAGUGAAAAGAUUGCAUCUUUGGCUUAUGCAAGAAUACAAGGAAGAACGGCUUUAGUUGCUCACUUCCAGAACUCAAGCUUAAUGAAUGAAGACAAAAGGUGUCGCCCGAUUCUCUUCCAUUCAGAAGGCAUGGAGAAAUCAGUUGAGGAGCCUUUACCUUCCCACAACCUGAAUGUUUGUAUUCGUGGGCCAGAUGGGUCCUACUCAGGAGAUUCUCUGGAGGACACUCUUGAUAACGACCCCGGGGGUUCGACAUUUGCAGGAAGUGUCUGACUACAUUAAGUGAAUAAAUUUUUCAGUGCAUAUAUAAUAACACCAUCAAAAACAUGACUAUUUGGACGUUGUAUGGGCGGCGCAGUUUAUAGUUCUUAGAUGGAGGGAGGAAUCGAGGCAUUUCAUUCGAAAACCUUUGUGUAUCGGAGGGAGCUGUUAGUUACACGGAAAUGCUAACCGGGGGCACUUAGUGAUAUUGAAUUAAUUUCUUUCAUUGGAAUUAGGGGUCCAAUAUGUGAUUUGGGUGAUUUUACCUUUCAUUUUAACAGUUACCAGAAAUCCAAAGUAUUGUAUAGAGGAUUUAGGGAUGCCACUCGAGUGUAUAGACUUUACUCAGCUGUGUUUGUGUGUGGGAAGGAAACUAUUGCCGCUGAUGUACAUGGAUUUUUCUUGUUUAUGGA